AGCCAUCAUGAGUGAGAUCAUAUGAUGAGAGGAGGGAAGCGGUUCUCAGCUCACCGCUGUGUAUUUGAGAUCUUAACUGCAGCUGUUAGCCAUUAUUUUCAUAUCUGUCUUUAAGUUUCACUGCAUCCAUGAAUGAGUAUUUACUGGAGCGCUUUCAGGGUCAUUGGCUCUGUGUUGCCUGCUAAACGUAUUGGUUAUGGAACAGCAAGCCGGUGAAGAUGAGCCACCAGUAGUUCGUAAAGAGGAAAACAAGAGGAGAAGAAGAAAGAUGAAAGCGUUUACAUCCAGCUCGGCUGUACCAACGGAUUACGUAGCUGUUGAGUUUGUACUCCCCACCAUCAAUAAGAACAGCAAGAGUCCAGACACAGUUCAACUGGAUGUGACCGGGAAUUGGACAGUCGAUCAGGUGAAGGCUCAGCUCUGGCAAAAAGCAGUAACCACUAAGCUAUGUCCUGAAUUUUACCAAAAAGAUUCUGCGGAUCAAUGCAUCCUGCUCUACCAGAAAAAAGGCAGCUGGUACGAGAUCUACGAUACGCAGCAGGUGUUCCAGACCCUCGACUGCAUCCGCUACUGGAAAGCCUUAAGAAAAGAAGUCGGAAAAAUUUAUAUGGUUAUCAAACCUCAGUCCACCGAGGAUUCUCUUCAGUACCAAAAGUUUCUGAAUCACCUUAUCGGAUACGACGUCACAGAUGACAGCAACGUCCAUGAUGAUGAACUGGAAUUCACCAGACGAAAGUUACUGACAACCAGAAAAAUUGAACUAUCUGAUAGAGAUGCCAGACUUUAUUUAAUGGAUCCCUGGAUAACCUCUAAACCUCUACCUGAAUACCUGUUGAGCAAAGUAAGCAACAAUCACAUUCUGAUGGUGAUACACAAGGGAACAACAAGCCAGACUAUUAAAGUAUCUAUAGAUGACACACCUUAUCAGGUUCUUCAGAGUUUCUUCAUCAAGAUUGCUAACAAGAGAGCACUUAUAGGCAUACCAGAAGGUUCCAGUGAAUCUGAUUUUGUUUUAAAGGUUUGUGGAAGAGAGGAGUACCUAUACGGGAACUAUGCCAUUAAAGACUUCAUAUGGAUCAGACAGUGUCUUAAAAGUGGUGAAGAGAUCCAUUUGGUUUUAGAGGACCCCCCAAACCCAGAACAAGAUGUUGUCCAAAAAGAAGAAUGGUCACAGGUUGAUGACUGCACUGGAGUAGCCGGCACUCACGAGCAACUGACCGUCACCGAGAAAGACCACGAGAAGGUGUUCACCAUCUCCCUCUGGGAUUGCAAUAGGAAACUCAGGGUGAAGAUUUUAGGCAUUGACAUUCCUGUACUUCCUCGUACUUCGGAGCUGAUUGUGUUCGUCGAGGCCAGCAUUUUCCACGGGCAGCAGUUGCUGGCUCAAGAGAGGACGACCUCCAAACCCUUCACCGAGGAAGUGCUUUGGGACACCUGGCUGGAAUUCAAUAUCAAGAUUAAGGACUUACCCAAAGAAGCGCGACUUAGCCUGCAGGUGUCUUGUGGAAAAGCGCAGUCUCAAACGUCAAAGGAAAGCGACGGCAAAGGCAAAAGUCGCCUGCUGUCCUACGUCAACCUGCUACUGGUGGAUCACAGAUCCCUCCUCAGACAGGGUGAGUUCAUCCUACACAUGUGGAAGAUACCUGAGAAGAACGAGGACAGCGUUAACGCAGAUAAACUUACAUCUGCCACCAACCCAGAUAAGCACAAUUCAAUGGCUGUUGUUAUUCUGCUGGACAGGUACUGCCACCCCGUGGUUCUCCCCAAACGCAAAGAUUUCCAAAAUACAUCGGAAAUGGAAGGAGGGAGAGGCCAGAGAGACAUGCCCAAUCACCUGCGCAAACAGUUUGAUCAGAUUAUCGCCACCGACCCUCUGCAUCCCCUCAGUGCUGAAGAUAUGGAAUUGCUCUGGCACUUCAGACAAGAGUGUCUGAGGGAUCCCAAAGCGUAUCCAAAGUUCUUUUCCUCUGUUAAGUGGGGCAAACAAGAGGCUGUGAGCAUAACACACCGUCUGCUGGAGCAGAGUACCGUAUGGGACCGAAGCGUGCUUGACGUGGGUUUGGCAUUACAAUUAUUAGACUGCAACUUCUCUGAUGAAAACGUGCGCACUAUAGCUGUCCGAAAGUUAGAGACUCUGGGGAACGAUGAUGUGCUACGCUACCUCCUGCAGCUUGUUCAGGCUGUGAAAUUUGAACCAUACCAUGACAGUGCACUUGCCAGGUUACUUCUCAAACGUGCGCUCCGAAGUAAGCGAAUCGGCCAUUUCCUCUUCUGGUUCCUCCGGAGUGAAAUUGCUCAAUCCAUGCACUAUCAACAGAGGUACGCUGUCAUUCUGGAAGCUUACCUCCGUGGCUGCGGUGAAGCGAUGCUGCAGGACUUCAGGAAGCAGGUGGAAAUCACGGAGGCCUUGCAGAAAGUCACUCGUGAAAUCAGGCAGAUAACUGCUGAAAAGUAUGAUGUGUCAGCACAAGUUGUUUUACAGCUGAGACAGAAAUUGGAGGCUCUGCAGGUGUCAGGGUUGCCAGAGAGUUUUAAAGUACCUUAUGACCCAGGCUUACGGGCAGGAGCACUUGUGAUCGAACAAUGCAAAGUGAUGGCAUCCAAAAAGAAACCCUUGUGGCUACAGUUCAAACGGGCCGACGCCACUACGUUGUCGAGUGACACAAUAGGGAUCAUCUUUAAAGAUGGCGACGACCUUCGUCAGGAUAUGUUGAUAUUACAGAUUUUGUUAAUAAUGGAGUCUAUCUGGGAGCUGGAGUCCUUGGAUCUUUGGUUAUUACCAUACGGCUGUAUUUCCACUGGAAAUAAAAUCGGAAUGAUUGAAAUAGUGAAGGACGCCACUACCAUCGCUAACAUUCAGCAAAGUACUGUUGGCAACACCGGUGCUUUUAAAGAUGAAAUCCUGAGCCAAUGGCUUCGUGAAAAGUGUGUGAACGAGGACAAGCAUCAGCAGGCUGUAGAACGCUUUGUGUUCUCUUGUGGAGGAUACUGUGUGGCAACAUACGCCCUGGGCAUUGGUGAUCGUCACAAUGAUAACAUAAUGAUAACAGAGACAGGCAACCUCUUCCACAUCGAUUUUGGACACAUACUUGGAAACUAUAAGAGUUUCCUGGGGAUAAAUAAGGAAAGGGUGCCCUUUGUCUUAACUCCGGACUUCCUCUACGUGAUGGGCACUGCUGGCAAAAAAAGCAGUCCUAAUUUCCUCAGGUUUCAGAACGUUUGUCUGAAAGCCUAUCUGGCUCUGAGGCAUCACACCAACCUGCUCAUCAUCCUCUUCUCCAUGAUGUUGAUGACCGGCAUGCCUCAGCUGACCAGUAAGGAGGACAUAGAAUACAUACGGGAAGCUCUGACGGUGGGAUGCACCGAGGAGGAAGCCAAACAACACUUCUUGGAUCAGAUCGAGAUCUGUCGGGACAAGGGUUGGACGGUGCAGUUCAACUGGUUCCUUCACCUGGUGCUCGGCAUUAAACAGGGUGUGGAGAAACGUUCAGCUUGAGCUCGUCAUCAAACCUGCGACAGAAGAUACUUCAUCAAAUGAAGUGUUUAGUUGCAUUUUAUAUGAAUAAUUCCUUUUCAGUUGUUUAUUGAUGUACUUGGUAUUGUUUUCUUAUGCGUUGUGUUUUUCAGUGCAGUCUUGAUACAAUCAUGGGUCUGUUUUGAGAUGUUUUGUGUUGUAAAUAGAAGUCUAAUCACUGGAAAAGGAAUGGUAUAUAUUGUCAGUCAACAUCUCUUAUUUAAAUCAGAUUUGCAGUCCAAAGGUGCAUUUUUUUUAUUUUAAGAUUUGACAUGAAACGGUAGAUUUUAUUGGCAAGUGCAAAGAUUUCAAUGUUAUCUAUGACCACUUAUGUCCAUCUGGAAAAUGCAAAAACCUACAAAAAGAAAGAAAAUAUAUCUAACAAGUGUAACGUUAGCAUACAGCUUUCGUCGUACCCAUA